AUGCAGACCCUUCCCCGUGGUGCCCCUGCGUUUCUCUCGAACUGUGCCGCCUACAGGCGGUACAUCCAGGAUGUGGCCAACGGCUCCCUGGCCCUCCCUCCAUUCCAGCAGAAUGCUGAUGGAGCUACUAUCAUCGCCUUUGGCGAAGUCUACUGCCGCCUCCCCGACUGCGAGCACCGCAAGCGGGCGUUCUCUGCCAUCAACAACCUCCGCGCGCACGUCGAGCGCCACGGCGUUGCCGUUGCACCAACCGCCUCUGGGCGCAUCACCCAGGCGCAGAUGGAUGCGGUAAUGGAGUUCUACAAGAAGCUGUUUGAGGACAGCGACAGUAGUGAGGAGGUUGAGGAUGAGGCCGAGGAUGAUGAGGAAGAGGAGGAGAUCAAGGAUGAGGAUGAGGACCAGUAA